UGUCUACUACCAGUCCUCUGCAUUCCGUUCGUCUUUCUACCAAACAAUCGAUAUCCUCUGGUACCUACGCACAUAUUGCUGUAAGAAGCGCGGCACAACGACACCUACAGAUACAAUGUCCUCAGGAGCCAGCAAUAACGGUGGCAAUGGCUUCGCCGACCCUGGUAUCGUGCCAGCGCCCAAGAUCUCCGAGCCGUGGUCAGUCCAGAAGGUGCUAGCCACCAUGACUCCGACACCGCCUGCCGAGAAUACCGACUCUCCUGUGCCUUAUUUCCAUAUUCUCGAGAGACUGAAGACGAACAAACGUGAGGGAUGGCGUCGCUUCAACAUAGAGAGAGGCGAAUCCAUAUCUGAUCACAUGUACCGCAUGUCCCUCAUGACAAUGCUCUGCCCCCCGACCCUUGCGCCGAAACUCGAUCUCUUCAAGUGCAUGAAGAUGUGCCUAAUCCACGAUAUGGCGGAAUCGAUUGUGGGUGACAUCACCCCAGUAGACGGCGUAGCGAAGCCGGAGAAGAGCCGCCGCGAGGCCGAGACGAUGGACUACAUAUCGAAAAACCUACUUGGAGGCGUCUAUGGCGGACUGGCGGGCAAAGAGAUUCGCGAAAUCUGGCAGGAAUACGAAGACUCGGAGACGCUCGACAGCCACUUUGUUCACGACCUCGACAAGAUGGAGCUGUUGACCCAGAUGGUGGAGUACGAGAAGCGCGCCAACAAGGCUCUCGAUCUGGGCGAGUUCGCCUACGUCGCUACGAAGAUAGUGCUGCCGGAGACGAAGAAAUGGGCCGAGGAGAUCCUCAAGGAGCGAGAUGAGUUCUGGGGUAACAAGGCGCACGUUCACGGCGAAGCGGGUGUCGAUGGUGGUGUGAAGUCGGAAAAGUUCGAGCAACAAAAAGCUUACUACACAAAAGAGAACGGCUCGGCUCCUUAGACAGUGGGCUAUCAAGCACUUAAGAUCACUACAAGAUGGCCGGCUUUGGCCUGUUUCUGAAAUCAAAGAUGGAAGAUAGAAAAGGCGUAUGCAGGCAUCUACCGCCCUU